AUAAAAUAAUAAUGUGAGGGACAGUCAGUCUGAUUCAGAAGGCAUGCAGUAAGCAUAUAAUAGCUGCCUUUCUUUGAGAAAGCCAGCAGACAAAACAUACAGAUAACAGAUAACAGAUCCCAGAGAGAAUUUUCUUUUGCUGUUACAUGUGAAUUUCCAGAAAAACAUACCCUUUUCUUGCCUCAUUUCCCUGCAACUCUCUAAACUCAUUAUAAUCCCAUAAUUUAUCAUAUAAUUCGUCUCUUUCUUUCCACGAAAUUUCAUUCCUUUCUUCCUCUUUAAACAUAUCUAUUUUCUCUCAUUUUCAGUGCCAAAACUACCACUUAUCAACAUUUUCAUAACAAAAAAGAGUGACCAAUUAAGCAACUUUCUGAAACUUGUGAAUAACCAAAUUUUAGCAAGAAAUUUGUCAUGUUUUCACCCUUAUUAAUGCGCUAACUUAGGCAAGAAAGAGAACAAAAAAUGUCUGCAAAGCUUUUGUACUCUAUGUCAGAUGAUAACCAGAAUUUGAAGAAGCAGAUUGGAUGUAUGAAUGGGUUGCUUCAGUUUUUUGACCCAAAUCAUUUCAUCAAUAGUCGCAUCAUUAGCUGCCCAAGUAAUAGAAGAGAUCCUUCAGGUGAAACCAAGCAAAAAGGAAGAACAGUCAAUAAUGCUAGCAAGAGAUCAAAGGAGAGACGUCGAAAUGUAACAGAUGAUAUACAAGUUAGCCCCCUAGAACCAUCCAGACUCUCCAUUUCAUCCUGUGGUUCAACAACCAUAGCAUCAUCAGAGUAUGAUUGGACCAUGAAGCUUGAACAAUCACCACAUGCUAAAAACAUUGGCAGAGAAAGACGUUCUUGGGAUAACCAGCUAAAUGACCCACAUUCUUCGCCACAACAACCAAGCUCACCAGCAAAAACAAGCCACUCCUUCCACAAAAAGCAAACUAGCAGAGAAGAGCUGAAUGCCACCUGUGCAUCACCGAUAAAGACUACAUCAAGAGAAGUGGUGAAAAAUGACCUGAAGCAUAUGGAUUCCCCAAGACUUUCACAAAUGUACAGACCAGAUAGCCCGCGACUUGCUGCUCUCAAUGAGUCAUUUCGCUCAACUAGUUCCAACCACGCUUCACCCGCUGUGACCCCCAGAAAAAAGGAUCCUGCUCGAUUGUCUUAUGAUGGCAGGGAAACAGGAAACAGCUACAUUUCUAACUUGAAGCUUAAAGACCUCCCAAGGCUAUCACUAGACAGUAAACAACAAAAGCUAAAAGUAUCUACCCAUGAGUCAAAAGAAUCCAUACCACAGGAGCCAGCAAGUUACAGGGCACCGUCUAACAUUGUGGCAAAGCUGAUGGGACUAGAAGCUCUACCAGAUUAUAUACCCCCCAAAAGUCAGAUAGAGCAAGAUGGCUCCAGCACUUUCCGAAGUUCUGAUUUGUUCUCGAGAUCUUCAAGAACCAUCGAUGAAAGCAAAGUGGAUCGUGCUCUACACUCCCCGAGAAGUAACUGCAAGGAAUCUAGAGCUUCACGAUCAAACAAAGCCAAGUCAGGACAAACAGCUUCCGUAUACCAGGAAGCUCAUUUAGAACCAGAUGACUCUCCUCUCACUGUCUAUGGUGCGAUUGAGAAAAGGUUGGCUGAUCUUAAUUUCCAAAAAUCGGGGAAGGAUCUUAGGGCUCUAAAACAUAUACUUGAAUCAAUGCACAAGGAGAAAAAUAGGCAGGAAUUCAGAAAGGAAAACCAGUCUUCACAUUGUGCAUCUCAGACGAGCAAUAGCAACUCCGUUGAUAUCAGCCAAAAACUGGAUCCAGAAAAGGCUACUCCACCAACAAGUAAAGAGCUCAGGUCUGUCAAAGACGUGAAAUCAACUAAAGAAAUAAAGCCAACUAAACUUGUCAAAUGUUCAAGAAAAGAACCAACUCAAGUUGUACAAGAUAUACCUCGAACGAGCCUUCAGCGACUCAGGAUUGUUCAGCCUGUAAAUGACACCAAGGAUUUAGUACAGAAGAAAACUGCAAAAGAUCUGAAAGAAACUCAUCACAUCAUGAACAAGUAUUCUGGAGAAAGAACUCCAAGGUCAAUAAGAACUUCAAAAGCAUCAGAGAUCAAAGCAAAUGUGACAAGCUCAGUAAGGAUCUCAGAUACUGGAAGCCCGCCUGCAACAACAUCAGGUUCCAGAGUAGAGCAAAGCCAGCGAGAUAUGGGCUUCCUUUCUCGAAAUCAGAAGCUAACGCAAAAUUCAUCUCUUUUUCGGGACAGCGAUGACCGAUCCAGUGAGUUCAGUGAUAAGUUAGCAUGCCAGAAUAAACAAGGAAACACAAAUUUGUUGUUAUCCCAAAGCAACAAUAGCACGAUCACACACAUAAACAGAGUAACUAAAUAUGCUGAUAAAUCGUGCAUGAAAAAUGAUACCCUGCAGCAAGUGAGCUACAACAAAGAUCCAGAAGGAAUUCAAGAAGCUAUGGCAUUUGAAGAACUAGCAAUAACUGUAAGGGAGCAACCAAGCCCAGUUUCAGUUCUUGAUGCAAGUUUCUACGAAGAUGAAUGUCCAUCUCCAGUAAAGACAAGACCAACAGCAUUCAGAGGUUUUGAGACCAAUGCAACAUGCACUAUGGCAGAAUGGAGGGAAAGUAAUCCAACUUAUUCCCCUUACAACGUUAGACCAGGAUUUAGCUAUGAGAAUGAUUAUCAGAAACUAGAAAAUAUCAAAGACUCAGAUCCAGCUAUAUGGAAAUUGAAUUCUUAUCAACAUGGAAACAUAAGUAACACCACACCUCUAUACAAGGACACAAAUCUGGAGAAGUCAUAUGUGUCCGAAUUAUUCUUAGCAUCAGGAUUCCCAGAUCAUUUUAGAUACACAAUGGCUGAUCAUCUCGUGCACCAGUCAGAAGAAGCAAUCGACCCAAAUUUGUUCUUUGAGCUGGAGGAAACCAAAGGAAGAAGCUUUCUUUCAAAUAAGAUAUCCAACAAUAAAGCAGACAGAAUAACAAGGGCCAAUGAAAGGCGUACGAGAAGACUAUUGUUUGAUGCAGUCAAUGAAAUUCUAUCUGAGAAACUAAUUCGACCACGGCCACUCUUGAAAAAGCACUUGGGACUUAAUCCUAGUAGGUCACAGCUCCUGCAAGACGUUUUUCAAGAAAUUGAUCAGCUCCAAGCUAUCAACUUGCCUCACAGCUUCAAUGAGGAGGACGACUUUCUGACAGCCAUCAUAGGGAAAGAUCUGACACAUAGAUCAGCGGAUUGGACUGAAGUUAGUGGUGAGAUACCUGCUUUAGUGAUAGAUAUUGAGCGAUUAAUUUUUAAGGACUUGAUUGUGGAGCUUGUUCAUGACGGUGCAGCAACGUACAGGCCCUGAAACAAAAACAAAAACAAAAAAAAAAAAAAGCAAUAGCCUCAGUAUCUUCAUAAACUCUUCUCUUUCAUUUCCAAAGAAGCUUCACUCUUGUAGUGAUCUAUAAUCCCCUAAUUCCCCCCCCCCCCCUCUCUCUCUUUUUCCACUUAAUUGUACUUAAGUGACACGCAGAAUAUGAUAGACGAGAAUUGAAUAACUCAAUACAGUACGUUCAAUGUUGUAAAGCAAUAAAAGUAUUUUCAUUCCUUUUGCUUUCA